AUGCUCACCGUCUAAGGGAUUUUCCCGCCAAAAAAUGAUGAAGCAACCGAUCGCUUUUAGAAGCUGCUAAAACCCUAACGACACAAAAAAUUUCUCCUCUCAUUUUUCGCUCUCUGCAAAUGUCACUCUCUGCAGCAGCAACUGAUUCGCCACCACCUCCAGCCCCAGACAUCACAGAGAACAAUCUCCAGCCUUUCUUUGUUCUGCAUCAAGUGUCACCUCAGAAAUCGAAUAAAAAGUCAACUAGAACAGCAAAAACCAGGAGGCGUAUUGAUUUAACUCCCUCAUUACCCAAGAGUGUUGAGAAUUUAGAGGUUGAGAAGGCUGAAGAGGGUGAUCAUGGAUAUGUCAACAAGCGAAUGGAAACUUUUGAGCGUGUUUGGUCAAAAAUUGAGUUAACAAUUAAAGAUGUUUUGAGGAAUCUUAAUAUUAGCGGAUUCAAUGAGAUACAUCGGUGGGUUCGUGAGUCCUUCAACACCAUUAAAUCAUUUGGAACACCUUCUUUUCCUGAGGCAACACAAUCUUUUCCUAUUGUGAAAGAUGCCACUUCUAAACAAGUGUUCACCGGGUUGGUCCUUACCAAGAAUAUGGAGUUUGUUGAUGAUCUACUGACAUUUGAGGAGCUUGGCUUACAUUUAAAAUCUCAAGGAUGCCAUGUGGCUAAUCUCUCCUCACUGGAUUUCUCAGUGAAAAAUGGUAUUGGUGGCUGUCUAAGAAGUUUAUUGAGACAACUUGUAAUGGUUACUUUGGAUGCACCUGAUAUCUCCAUCUUAGCUACCUGGUACAGAGAACAAGGAAACUGCAAUAAUCCGGUUGUUAUAAUCAUAGAUGACUUGGAGCGAUGUUGUGGGCCAGUCUUGUCUGAUUUCAUCCUUACGUUGAGUGAAUGGGCGUUCAAAAUCCCAGUGAUUUUAAUAAUGGGAGUUGCAACAACACUAGAUGCCCUGAGAAAUACACUUCCUUCAAAUGUGCUGCAUCAUUUGCGCCCUUGUAAGUUCAUUUUGGGAACCCCUUUUGAGAGGAUGGAUGCAAUUGUUGAGGCUGUUCUUGUGAAGCAGUGUUCUGGGUUCAGAAUAGGCCACAAGGUGGCUGUUUUUAUGAGAAAUUUCUUUGUAAGCCAGGAUGGGACUAUAACAUCUUUUAUAAAAGCUUUAAAGAUAGCAUGUGCUCAACAUUUCUCUGCGGAACCUCUAAGCUUUAUGCUCCUAUGGUUUCUUAUUGAAGAGGACAGCCAGGUAUUAGAAGGUGAAAAUUAUGGAUUGCCAUCAGAAGCACUGCUCAAGCAUGCCUUUGAUCUUCCAUCUUAUAGGAGAAAUAAAGUGACCGAACUGAAUUGGGACACUUUGGUUCAUGGAUUAUCAGAAUUGAAAAACUUACAGAAUCAGUGGAGCACUGUACUUCUGUGUAUACAUGAAGCUGUAAAGAGUGAUAAAAUCCACCUGUUAGACUUAUAUUGUGAAGCCCUUGAUCCAGAAUCAGGCAUAUUACGGGUUUCUAAUGCUCCCAAGGGCAUACAGAAAGAUUCAACGAUAUCUCCAGGCAAUAAAGAUAUGCAUAAAAAAUAUCCUAGUUUACAAAAAGGUGGUUUUAUCUGGCAAGCGAUAUGCAAGUUGAGGGAUCUUCCAGCAAUGCAGCUAUGCACAUUACUUAAAGGUUGGGAGAAACAUACAGCGGGUAUCCCUGAGAUCCAUGACAAAGUGAAGGAGUUGCUAUCAAUGUUGAAAUUUGAGGAUAGCAAGAGUUUGAAAGGAGAUUUGAUCGACAUGUCCAAGAGAUCUGCAUCUCGAAGCCAUUUGAAUUUAGGGAAGGAUUCCAAAGCAGCAAGUGAGAAGGCUGCUAGACUAGCCGAAUUUAUGGUUGGAAACUACAUGCAAGCCCUUGAGUGCAUAGCUUUCCAUGAAGUUGUCUGCUUUAAGGAUGUUGACAAACUUCAAGCAGCAUUAAUUGGAGAUCCAAGAAGAAGGAUUCAAGUUGAUCUUCUUGAAUUCCACAAUAUCGUUCAGUGCAGUUGCUGCGGUAGGCAUGGCAAUACCCUGUUGCCAUCCAUGCAUGAUUCCUCAAUUAUGCAUGCCUUGGCUCAGGAGCAUGGCGAUCUUAUUAAUCUUCAUGACUGGUAUCAAUCUUUCAAAACAGUACUUCUUAGCUCUAGUAAUAAAUGGAAAAACCGGGUAAAGCAUUCUCCAUCACCAAAGAAAAGGAAAGUUACAACUGAACAUGCAAAGCCAAGUGAAGCAGCAAUUCAAGCACGGUUUUGUAAGGCAGUUACAGAGCUCCAGAUUUCAGGUCUUGUUCGUAUGCCUAGCAAAAGACGCCCGGAUUAUGUGCAGAGAGUGGCCUUUGGACUUUAGCAUGUAAAAUCAUCCAACCUACCCUCAUGCUUCCUUCCAUUGUUCUUUUGCUUUCCACCUCUUUGUAUUUAUGUUUUUGCCUAAAUUCGCUAGCUUUUGUAAGUCGUUACUUUUUUUCCCCCUUAUUUUUCACAUAUAUAUAUGCAUAUAAUUUUUUGCAUAUUUGCUUUA